GAUGAGACCAGAGCUCUUUUGGACCUGAUGAUUGAGGAGAAUCGGGUCGCUUUGGUAAAAGCCAGAGACAAACUGGACCGUCUGCAGAUGGCCAAAGAAGACAGUAAUGACAUGGAGACAACUGACCAAGAUGGGUUAGAGGAAUAUGAGUCAAGUGUGUCUUUACUACAAGAAACAGUGAGGGGGUACGAGGUCUCUCAGUUGGCUUUGGACUUCAUUAAAACCGGAGAAAGUGCUGUAACAAAUGACUGCGACGCUGUCUCUGAACUGGAGGACAUCUUGGGCCAAGGGACCGUAGGAACCACAGAGGGAGUGAAGAGUGUUGGUCAGCAACUUCUCUUGCUGCAGGAUCAGCUAAAGCAGGUUAAAGAGGAGAAAAAGAAAAUGAUUGAGAACUACACUUCAGAGAGGACAAUGAGGAAGAAGUACUACAACAUGGUGGAAGACAUGAAAGGUAAAAUCAGAGUGUUUUGUCGGAUUCGACCGGUGAACCGAACAGAGGUAUCCCUGGGUGGAACCAUCAUUGUUGAGAAAAUAGAUGAUUACUCCGUCACCGUGGAAACAACUCGCGGGCCGAGAGACUUUCUGUUUGACAAGGUGUUCGGUGCUGAAGCCUCUCAGGAAGACCUGUUUCAUGACACCAACAGGCUGAUCCAGUCGGCUAUCGAUGGUUACAACGUCUGUAUCUUUGCAUAUGGCCAGACGGGUUCAGGGAAAACCUUCACCAUGGUGGGGGACAAGGAACAGAAGAACCCUGGGAUUAUGCCAAGAUCUUUUAAUACCAUAUUUGAUAUCAUACAAGAGAGCAGCACCAAAUUCGACUUCAAGGUUUCGGCCUAUAUGCUGGAGCUGUACAGUGACCGGCUGCAGGACCUCUUUGUGAGCCCGGCUGGGGAGGCCCAGGCACAGCCCCAGUCCCAUGGCCUGGCCAGGCGGGUGGAGAUCAAGAGGAACAGAAAAGGGGUUGUGUUUGCCCAAGGAGCAGAGACAAAAGAGGCCUCCAGUGCCCAGGAGCUCUACGCUCUGUUCCAGCAGGCCUGCGCCAACAGACACAUCUCUGCCACCAAGAUGAAUGUGGAGAGUUCCCGCUCCCAUCUCAUUGUUUGCAUCAUGGUGGAGAGCAGGAAUCUGACCAAUGGGAGUGUGAGCACUGGGAAGCUUAGCCUCGUGGACCUGGCAGGCAGUGAGAGAGCAGCCAAGACUGGUGCCAAGGACCACCAGCUAAAGGAGGCUAACUCCAUUAACAAGUCUCUGAGCGCCCUGGGUGAUGUGAUCUCAGCCUUGUCUGCUGAGCUGCCCCAUGUGCCUUACAGGAAUAGCAAGCUGACACAGGUGAUGCAGGACUCCCUGGGUGGAAACGCCAAAACCCUAAUGAUCGUGAACAUCUCUCCUUCAGAAUGCAACCUUGAUGAGACGCUCACAUCCCUCAUUUACGCAACAAGAGUGAAGGCCAUAACCAACAAUGCUCAGAGACAUGUGGAAAGCAAAGAGAUUGCUCAGAUGAAAGAGGUGAUCAUGAAGCUGAGGUCAGGACAGACAGUGGAAGAAGAGGACAUUUGAAGUCUCUUUUGUACAAUAGUGAAAUAAAGUGUUUA